CUGGUCAAGACCUACGUCGUCGCUAUUAACCCUAGGAGACGGCUCUCUUGAAGCUACCGGCUGGUGGUGGCCCCUAAACUGCCCCGCCUUCCCUGGACGGGACACUACCGUCGAGGCUGUCAACUUCCGCCACGAAGAGACUCGUUUGAAGUUGGCGGCACCUACGGUCCCUUCGUAGAAAACCGCGGGUAAACCCUUCAUCGUCUCGGGCCGCCGGCCCCUCCAGCAUGGGCGGCAAUGCUAUCCUGCUUGCCACCAACUCUGGGUAUGAGGUUAUCGGCACUUCUUGGCUUAAGAAAUUCGGCCGUGUAAAGAAGUUCGGCGCUAGCCAGGUCUUCGACUACCACGGUAACACUGUCCAGGACGAGCUGGUCAGCACCUUGAAGGGCAAGAUGGUCGCCAGCUUCCUCGACUGUGUCGGUAGCGUCCUUCGGGCACCCUGCAGCAGGUAUCAAUCAGUCAAGCUGGGUGGCAACAGCGCGAUCAUCUCGACCGAACGCGUCUGGGCCAACCUACUGGAGGUGUCCCUCUGUCGGCACUACACCGAAGGACAACUCAGUCAGUGGGGCUCUCUACAGCACAUUCCUGCCGGCGGUGUUUAAGGCGAACACCUUCUCGUCGGCGCCCGAGCCUCUUAUCAGUGGCAAGGGCGCGGGAAGAUACAGGACGCCGUUGACGCCCCCAAAGGUGGCCGCUCGGCUAGGAGGCCGGUAGUCACGCUGUGAAUGGAAGGAUGCCCCUAUAAUGAAAACUCGAUAGCACGUGCGCGCGACUGUGGCGGAGGGGAGGAGGAGAAGGGCACGGAGGUAGAGCUACUAUAAGUAAUUUAGGACGGGUUUAGCAGUACACUACGAGCGUCGCAUGAAGCUCACCUGCCAUCCGACACGAACCACUCGCGUUGAUGGAUACGUGUGCGUCGUCGGAACAAAAUAUAGUUUAUAUAUGUAGAGGAAGAUGAUUAAAACACCAUACUACUAACUCCCGUCUGGCUUUUCUCCUAUUCCUCAAUAGAUGUACAUAGGUUCCCGUCCAUCACAGCCUAUAUUACGCGCAAUGGGACUUAACCGACCAG